UCCUCUGGCAACACCUUGGUAGCGACGAUCAGCGGCAGAACCGGCAGGGACAGCCCAGCAGCCAGCAGCCAGCAGCCAUGGCUGCCGGCGCUCUAAGCCGGAGCCUCCACUCCUUGCGGCGUCGCUCGUCGCGUUUAGCGUCGUCGUUGACCUGCUCGAUCCCUUCGUAUCUGCAGCACGCGCCACACACCUCGAUCCCUCCUUAUUCGCACUCGCCACUUGUCGAUCGUAGCGAAUCAGCUGAAGUCUUGGCUACAAACGCCGCGUGCGCCACCUUCUCUUCCUCCUCGUUAGUAACCUAUCCGUUCGAACCUCAAGCUAGCACGCUCAAAAGACUGUCCAAACUCUGCUGUUUGCAAACCAGAUCACCGCUGUCCGAGCUCUCCAGCUUCCGAUCAUCACCUGCUCGCCAGCCAGCUGUGCAACCUGCAAUCUUCCCUCUCGUCUGCGCGACCUGCUUCCGAUCAUCUCCUGCUCGCCAGCUGAAGCAUCUUCCCUCUCCUGCAAUCUUCCCUCUCGCCUCCACCUCCCGCCUUCCUUCAUCUCUCGCUGUUCAAGUGACCCUCCAGCUCUCGCUCGCCCCGUUCGCCUCUUUAUCGCGCCGUUUAAACACCUCCAGCCGUCAAGGCAGCCGGCAGAUUGACCGUCAGAUGGGCCGUCGAGUCAAGCGCGACGUUACUAAGAAGGAGGGUAGGCGUCAAGCGAAGCUCGGGAAUGAAGAGAGAGCUGAGACGCGUAAACGCAAGGAGGAGUCGUCCAGUAGAGAGGAGACAUUUGGGAGAAAGGAUUCAAAGAGAAAGGGGGCUCGUGGGGUGAGGCAGACGGUUGGGAGAAAUGGCGGGGCCUCGUCGCAUAAAGAGCAUCAGGACAGGCAGCAGCAGCAGCAGAGACAUCAGCCUAAGCAACAAAGGCAUCCUGAUCACCAGCAGCAGCAGCAGCAGCAGCAGCAACAAAGGGGGAAUAGCCAGCAACAGCAGCAGCACAACACUCCAACAGCCGACCAGGAGAAUGGACCAAUCUCAUGGCGACAGCUGGCACCGGUUCACUUCCCCUCCCUGCUGGCCGUUUCAGAUGAUGCUCCAGGGGGGGGAGGGAGCGGCGGGGGAGGAGUGAGGAAAGGAGUGGAUUUCCUCACGGAAAGGAGAAGGGGAGAGAAAGGGGGAGCGGGCAUAAUGAAAGUCAAAUGGGGGGAGGAAGGGGGGAAGGAGAUGGCGGAAGGCGGUGGGGGAACCCUGGGGGUUGUGAGUGCGCGCAAGUGGAUGGCUGUGUGCUGCCCCCACAUGCCAGCCAGCCUCGUCCACAAGCUCUUCAGAAAGAGAGUGGUCCGAGCUAUUUCCCCUGCAGGCACCUCCCCUCCUCCUCCCGACACCUCUGACUCUUCUCAAACGCGUCCCAACAAGCUAUCCCGGGUGUCAGCCAACCAACUGCUCCUUCCAGGAACCGUCCUGUGCAUUCCGUCUUCCAUCCAAAUGCACUCCGAUUCUGAUGCAAGCGGCACAACGGCCACAUUGAGAAACGGCAAACGCUCUACCUCGUCUUCCUCAUCCGCAGCCUCCUCCUCCUCUCCCUUGCCACGUGGCAUUCAACCAGAGGACAUAAAAAUGCUCCGGAAGUGUGUUCUGUUCAAGGAUGAUCACAUCAUCGUCAUCAACAAGCCAUCAGGCCUGCCUUCCCAGGGUGGCUAUAAAGUGCGCCUCUCAGUGGACAACCUCAUGCAGCACGCCCUAGCCUCUGACUCCCCCGAGCCUCUUCGCCUGGUGCAUCGCCUGGACAGGGAGACAAGUGGCGCCAUGCUAUUGGCCCGUUCAGCUGCCAGCGCACGUGCUCUCACAGCCCUGUUCCGCGAUAAGAGCGCUGCCGGCGUUGAUGUUGCCUCUAGCGCUGCUGCUGGCACUGCUGCAGGUGCUGCUGCAGGUGCUGCUGGUGCUACCGGCACUGCUGCAGGUGCUGCUGGUGCUACCGGCACUGCUGCAGGUGCUGCUGGUGCUACCGGCACUGCUGCAGGUGCUGCUGGUGCUGCCGGCACUGCUGCUGGUGCUGGUGCUGCCGGCACUGCUGCAGGUGCUGCUGGUGCUGCCGGCACUGCUGCUGGUGCUGAUGCUGCCGGCACUGCUGCUGGUGUUUGUGCUGCCGGCACUGCUGCAGGUGCUGCUGGUGCUGCCGGCACUGCUGCUGGUGCUGGUGCUGCCGCGGGAACUGCUGCAAGUGCCGGUGCCGCUGGUGAUGAUGAGGGGAGUGCAGCUGCUUACCAGCGCAGGGAGGGAGGCGUAGCACGCGUGUACUGGGCGGUGGUGAUUGGCCAGCCGAAGCAAACAUCAGGAGUGAUCAUGGCGCCAUUGCAUAAGCCUGGCAACGAUUCUCUCUCGCCCAUCAAGGAGCUGCCAGCUGUCACUGUGUACCGGGUCAAGCACACUUCGCCUUCGGGGUACUCGUGGCUAGAGCUUUGCCCACUGACUGGACGAAAACACCAGCUCCGCAUUCACUGCGCAUUGGCACUAGGGUGCCCAAUACAAGGCGACAUGACGUACGGUGCAUGGGCACACAAAGGAGUAUCGGGUGUAUCUCCGGAAAUCACAGCGAAAUUAGCCCUUCCUGAUGGCCUACACCUACAUGCACGCUCAAUCGAGGUGCCGUACUUGGUUCCGGCUACUAAUCGGCCUUCACAAGGUGGUGGGGGGGGGAGGGAGGGGCGUUUCAGGAGCCAUGAGAUCGCACGUCAGGACAUAGCACAAAACAAUGAACAUGGAACGCGAAAGUUCACUGCACCACUGCCUGCACACAUGGAAGAUACGUUUUCCAUGUUAGCCUUUGAUGUUGAAAAUGAUUAGAUCGAUAUGCUUACUUCGUGGAUGUUGU